GAGGUGUAGAGAAGGUUAGCUGAAGUCGGUGAUGGUCAUCGUACUGUUUUUAGUCCACUUCUACCUUCUAGCUCUGUGUCAGUCUUUCUACGACUAUGGGACCGGGUCGGGAUUUGGCCAGCCGCCUUCAGAUGUCCACAUCGCGGUGUUAUACAGUGUUGAAUCCAGGUCGCCCUAUCAAGACAUAGCCGAGUUUGCAGUUAUGAACUUGAACUCCGAUUCUUCACUUCUACCGUACACCAAAAUAAACCUGAUUUUCAAGCAGUUCAGCUCAACACCCAACUCGAUUGUGCAAAACGUUUGUGAAGUGCUGAAAAAAGGAGUAUCUGGUAUCAUAGUUCCGGGAUCCUCUGAAAAUGUCAAGCUCAUAUCUGACACUGCUAGUCUCUACAAUGUUCCAGUCAUAGCUCCCACCGCUACUAGUCCUAUACUGGAGGUUAGCAACUCCCGUUCAACGCUUAUCAGAAUGCUGCCGUCAGAUGUCUAUCAAAGCAGGGCAUUGUUUGAUCUGCUGAGAGAAAACGAAUGGCGACAAUUCGCAAUCCUGACUUCAUUUGAUUCAUAUGGUAUAAACGGGGUCCUAGAGUUACAAUGGUUAGCGACAGUACACCAAUACAACAUAGCUAGUGUGCAGCACAUCAGAGUGGACAACCUGGACACCCUAAACGUCACCCAACAGCUCCACAACAUCAAGUCCUCCAUGGUACAGAUUAUCGUGCUGAACUGCAACUACCGUGUCGCUAACGUUGUUUUCAGACAGGCAAAUAAAGCUGGUAUGAUGGGUAAAGGAUACAGUUGGGUUGUUACAGAUGGGGUAACUGGUGCUCACCAUUUACUUGAACAAGAAAACAGACUUUACCCUGAUUACCUUGACGGUUUAAUUGGAACCAUACCAAAAUCUACUGUCGGUCCAGCUUUUCGCAAGUUUGCUAAGUUAUAUUCUCAAAACUUCACCCGGGAACGCCUGCUUACAACUGGAUUUCUGGAGUGGAACCCCUUAUCGUUAACGAUCUUCACACGUUUAGUGUACGACGCAGUGUUUGUCCUGGCCCACGCUCUGCACGGCCAUCUCUACCGUGGUUACGAGCUGUACGAAACCAAACUCAGCUGCUGGACCGGUCCCGACCAGGUCAACGAGUUCGGACGAAGCAACUUCUGGGAAAACGGAUCCACAAUCGUCAGAGAAAUUAAGCACGUUCAGUUUGAAGGUAUAACGGGGAUGAUCGAGUUUGGUAUAGAUGGUUCCCCCUACAACAAAAUGUACGAAAUAGUAAACUUUAGAGAUAAUGGUGUUCUGAGUGUAGUUGGAAACUGGUCCUCUGACCGUGAUCCGAACCUUCUUCUCUAUCGACAAAUUGAAUAUCUGGGAAAGUCAACAGAUCGCCCUAAAGAUAUGUCUCUCAACCUAAACGGUUCUCACUUUCGUAUGGGAGUUAUGAUGGAGACUCCAUUUGUGAUAAAAGACGAUGCUAACUGUACGGGCACGUCCUGUUACCGUGGUUACUGUGUAGACUUAGUAGCCAGGCUGUCACGCGACUUGCACUUCACCUACGAGCUUAUGGAGUCAGAUGAUGGCAAUUGGGGCGGCUACUACAACAAGACUGAUUCUUGGGAUGGGCUUGUCAAGAUGCUCAUUGAUAAGAAAAUAGAGGUGGCAGCUGUUCACUUGUCGAUAAAUUCGCUGAGAGAGCGGUACAUUGACUUUACUGUUCCUUUUAUGGACGCGGGCCUGAUGGUGGUGGUGAAAGGAGAAACACACAGCAAUAGCAACAAAUACUUCUUUCUCUCCCCAUUCAGUGCAGAAGUUUGGUAUUGUGUUCUACUAGCUUGUGGUGGAGUAACGGUCCUGGUAUGUUUGGUGAACAAGGUGUCUCCAUUUGGGAAGUACGGAGCGAAGAUGCACGCCCUCAUGACUUGUCCUUGCAAAACUUGCACUCUCAACCGUGCACUCACUAUCCAAGGCUUCAAGAGCCUCCAGAAAGCUGACGAGUACGCAUGUCAAGUUGAACAACUGGAAGCAGAAGCUAAAGACCGUCUGCAUCAACUGUCCAUGUUCAACUCAUCCUGGAUGAUAAACGCCUCCCUGCUCGGUCAGUCUCCAGUGGAGGGGGGACCAUACUGCGCAUCUGGUCGGGUUAUCCUCAUGGCAUGGUGGUUCUUUAUGAUGAUCUUAUCCGCCAUGUACACAGCCAAUCUAGCUGCUUUUCUUACUGUAAGUCGGCUGCACGUGGGAUUGCAGGGAGUAGAAGAUCUGCUCCACCAGAACGAGUUCAAGUGGGGCACAGUUUUCUCAACUAACCCAGAGAUACUGAUGAGGAACUCUGUUAAAGACGUCUACAGACGUAUCAUCGCAAAGGCCAUCGAUGUCAGCGAUGCCGAGGCUGGAUAUGCUAAGGCUGGAAGGGAGAAAUUUGCGUUUAUCUACGAGUCUCCCUACCUAGAAUACAAGCAGCAACUUUCUUGUGAUAACAUAACAGACUUGAUGAAAGUUGGAGAAGAAUUUAGUAAAUUUGGGUUGGCGUUUGGUAUACAACGAAAUGCACCGUUUGCUGAAAUCAUGAACCAUAAGAUACUGGAGUACAAGGAAGUCGGUUUGUUGGAGGAACUGUGGCAAAAGUGGUUAAAAGAGGGCGUAUCCUGCAAAGGAAACGAUCACUCAGAUCUUGGCGAAUCUGAUGAAGUGAGCCAGCGAGGAACCACUCUGGAUAUGGGAUAUUUAGCUGGACUCUUUAUAAGCUUGGGAUUUAUGGUCGGGAUUACCAUCUUUAUUGUGGUAUGUGAAUUGAUUUACGCUUCCCUCCUUGACGCCUACGGGAGUAAGCCUGUUUAUGACGCCGCCAUUUUUGUUAACCGGACCAGCAAACAGAACUAUGUAACGAGCUCAGCUCCCAAGUUUUGGACAGCACUAUCUCGGAGAUGGCAACUGCUGAAAUAUGAUUUAAAGGAGCACUGGUGGACGAUAGAAGCUUUCAGAAAACACAAACCCUCCAAGAAGCUCUCCAAAGAUGGAUCCACGCAGACAAAAAAACAUUAUUGUUUGCAGUUAUCAAAUUCCACGUCUGAAGAUUUCCGGUCAGAUUUACAAGUACCUCCCUCUGCUGAUCGCACCAGAAGUGGGUCUGUUCCAGGGCUCAUUGUGGCAGAUAGCGGCCACAACAACACCUUCAACAACGUCCAUAUUCUUAACAGACUCAGAGAGGGUUCAAAGGAAUAUGAGAACUAUUCAAAGUCGGACGCCGUGUUCUUAAGUUGCCCUGACACGACCGAUGCCAAACUUAACGAGCUUCAAGUCCCGUUUUCUAAGUCAGAUGCAGAUAUCUCUACCGUGAUAAGAUACAGGCAGACUGAUAGAGACACCAAUACUAGUAGCAGUGAGAUGCUAUCAUAACACGAUGAAAUUAUGUUUAUACUUAUUAUAGUUGUCGACUGUCGGGACCCUAUAUUCUUAUGUUCACACACUAUUACAUUAGCAUGGUUUUUAUUAGAAUUUAUUAG